ACCAGGCACAACCGUGGGCUCCGAGUCAACUGGGAUGACCGCUGGCACUGGGUCAGACAUUGGAUCGUCUGGCUGGACAGCGGGCAUCGGGUCACCAGGCAUCAGGUCAUUUGGCUCGACAGCGGGCACCGCGUCAUCUGGCAAGGCAGUGGGGGCUCCGAGUCAACUGGUAUGACCGCGGGCACUGGGUCAGACAUUGGAUCGUCUGGCUGGACAGCGGGCACUGGGUCACCAGGCAUCAGGUCAUUUGGCUCGACAGCGGGCACCGCGUCAUCUGGCAAGGCAGUGGGCUCCGAGUCAACAGGCACGACAGUGAGCACCGGGUCAUCAGGUACCGGAUUGUCUGGCUCGACAGCAGGCAUCGGGUCACCAGGCAUCAGGUCAUUUGGCUCGACAGCGGGCACCGGAUCAGGUACCGGAUCAUCUGGAUCAACAGCGGGCAUCGAGUCAACUGGCCUAAUAGGAUCGUCAGGCUGGAUCAGUUCAUCAUGCUGGGUAGAGGCAUCAGGC